AUGGCCACUGCUCUUGACAAGUCUCUCGAUGAUAUCAUUUCUUCACGACCAAAGAAUGGACGCAGACGCCCGAACCGCAACCCGCGCACCGCUGGUACUGGUGGUGCCAAGACUGGCGGUGCGGCGGGCGCCACACGCGCGCGAUACGCUGGCGCUGUCCCGACUGCCAAUGGCAACCGCGUUGUCGCACCCGCCUCUCUUGUCAAUAUUCAGCCCGAUGCAACCAAAAUCAUUGUAUCAAAUCUUCCCCGAGACGUGAAUGAAAGUCAAAUCAAGGAAUUGUUCGCGUCGACUGUCGGGCCUCUACGUGAAGUCAACCUUCAUUACGACGCUAAGGGAAACUCGAAAGGGACCGCAUCCGUUACUUUUUCCCGCAAGGGGGACGGAAACAAGGCUUUCACCCAGUAUAACAAUCGGCUGAUCGACGGGGGUUAG